CGCCGAGUUUGAAACGCGCUGCACCAUGUGAACUAUUCACGACAAGAACCUGGGUGAUGAAAAACUUUUUGGCAUUUAUGUGAAAUGAAACUGGGAUAUUGUUUUGGUUUAUUUUCUGACUGAGUUGGGUUGAGAGAUGUUUUUGAAAAUUUUUGUUUAGUUGAGAGUGGACGUAAAGUGUCGAAAACGAAGUUCUACACAAUUCACGAAGUCGAGAAAUUGACCUUGGAAAAUGCCCCUAAGAAAUUCAUUGUUCUUCACACUGGUGGCUAUGGAGAGAGCUCGAUAACGGAAGGGCUGCGUACAGCACUGGCCCGGCUGCGACAAAAAUCAUCCACCCCUGGAAGUCAGUCCCCAUUGCACCAGUCCCCACCCCAAAGUGUGACGUCUGACGGAAGCGGCGUCACAAGCCCUUGUUCCAGUACAAAUUCAAGUCCACGACCCUCUAGAAUGACCGUGAACUCGCAGUCGGGCCCUCGAUCACCCCGACCACCCGACGACCUCAUAACCACUGCCACUUCCGCCCUCAGACGUCUACAUUUUAAAACUGGCCGUAACACCACCAGAGGUUCCACCAAGCAGGAUCCAACUGCCGUCCCCAAAGUCGUAGUUAUGGGUUCAAGCACCGCAUCAGAAACCACAAUCAAUACAAGCACCGACAGCUCUAAUACGAUUGUCACAACAAUGACAGCAACAGAUGGGGAUAACACAGAGGACAGCCUCGACAUAACCGAGCCGGUGGAUUACCUCAAUUCGGAGAAUAUUCUGGAGAACCCGAAUUUUUCGAAUCAGAUUCUCCAGCCACUUCCCGUUACCCCAAAAACGCCGGUGACUGCUCGACAGCAGACCCCACCGACAGCCAAAAAUGAGUCAACAAGGUUUAAUUUUGAGGUACAGUCAUCGUUCGAUACAACACAAGAGAGUGAAUCAGGCGAUACACCGAAAGGUAACGUAACCCCAACUAUGAUAACUUCUCGUAAUGAGAGAAAGAGCGAGAAUAGGGCGGACGGAGACAGAAAAAAUGUGGAGAGAUUGAUGGAACAGCAGAUAGAAGCCCUCAAACUGGAGGCUAGGCGGAGAAAUAGUUACAAAGCCGCACAAAACGAUUUCGACAGUAUCGAAAUGAUGGAAUCCGAGGACAGUUCUAAGAGAGAAACGAAAGAGCAUAGGAGGAGUUUCAGGAGAAAAUUGGAGGUCGAAGGGGAAGAGAGGCAGAGGACGUCGCCAAAGAGACGAGCCGAGAUUCCCAUGCAUUCGUCAUCGGAGAACGAAACUGACUCACCGAGACCGAAGCACAGACAUAAGAAAUCAAGCAGGAGACACCAAUCACCCAAGCAACGUGACAAAUUCAGCUAUGACGAACAACAGGUCGCAAAAUACCGCGAUAAAGCUAGGAUGACACCACCUGACUUACGAAUAGAUUUCUUCACAGAACCGAUGGACAAGUGCCAAGGCAACGGAAUCUCCAACACGUUGCACGCGCCCGCGUCCGCGGAAAAGCGAGGAAGCGUGUGCUUGAAUAAAUGUCUGAGAGAGGUGGGGGCAAAGCUCGACGCAUCAACAAUAUCUCCAUCUCCUAUAAAUGUAACUACGAAUCCGUUGGACAACUCAGUACAUUUCGGAAGAAAAACACCUCAAGCGACUAUCGUGGUACAGCAGCCGUCGUUGAGCUUGGAUCAUACGAAUGUGUCGACGAUAUUGCUGAAGAACGGUAGUGACUUUGUGUCGAACGUUGAGAAUAGUGGCAAGUUCAAGAAGCAGAGGGAGGAAAACAUGAAGCAGCUGUUGGACGUGGCCAACAACUUGACCCUGGAGGAGAUACAUGACUUCGAGAUGCGGUAUGGCAGCCCCCAUCACAACAGAUCACAGUCCGUCAAGACUCCCGGAAGAUCUUCUGGCAGACCGAAUUACCUAUGCCUUCCACAACAGAGAUCAAGGGUGGCUUCGAUGCCCAAUACAGGAGUUGAAGAAGAAUAUUAUAGGUUAAGGCACUUUUCCAUCACUGGAAAGGGAAUAGUUAAUAGAGGUGAUAGUUUGAAGAGUAGAAGAUCCAGAUCGAAUAAUUCAGUAGCGUCUAGUAAUUCAAGCACCGAACAACUCCCUGGACCAACUUCAACAGCGGGUUCAGCGAGAACGUCGGCGUCAUGUAGUUUGGCUUCCUCAAGGGAAUCUUCGACAAGUGCACCAGGUCCUACACCCUACAAGGUUCUUAUGCUAGGUGGUCCAGCUGUUGGAAAGUCUUCCCUUGUUUCGCAGUUUAUGACUUCGGAGUACCUUCACGCUUAUGAUACAAGCAUAGAUGUCUCUAGAGGAGGACGUAGACACAAAUCAUCAGGAUUUUACAAUCAGGAUGACGAGAGUGGUGAAAAAUCCGUUUCAGUCCUUCUAGCGGGUGAAGAAUCAGAGCUUACUUUUAUAGACUUCUCUACCAGUGAUCUUUCACCGGGUCAGUGCAUCUCCAAAUACACGGAUCCACAUGCCUUUUGUGUCGUUUAUUCCAGCGCCGACCGUUCCUCUCUAAACUGUGCUGAGAACAUUUUACAGACCCUAUGGACCCUAGACACCAUUAGCACUAAGGCCGUAAUCCUUGUAGCAAAUAAGGCUGAUUUAGUUAGAUCGAAAGUGGUCUCGACCGAAGAAGGUAAAUCGAUUGCCACCGCAUACGACUGCAAAUACAUAGAGACCUCUGUUGGAAUCAACCACAACGUGGAUGAACUUCUUGUAGGGAUCUUGACACAGAUAAGACUAAAGCUGGAGAAUCCCGAAAGAUCGCGCGAUCUGUUUCGCAAAAGGAGCAACUCCAAGAAGAAUCUAAAUAGGAACAGGUCUCCCGCUUCUGGUACUGGAACCCCCGUUGGUAGUGUCCAAAAUUCGCCGAAAAAAUACAGAGGUUCCAGGACGUCAGCUAGUUUGAAAGUUAGGAGUUUAUUAGGCAAAGUAUGGGCUAGAGAUAGUAAAUCAAAGUCUUGUGAAAAUUUGCAUGUACUUUAAUUUCACCCUGUAAGGAAUGAUUUUGAAUAAUGAUUUGGAAUAACACUUGAGUACCUUCCUGGUACUCUGUUUGGCUUUUUCCAUUGGAGAUAGCCACGCUGAAGUAUUAAUUUUAAUGAUAAAACCAGGGUAUUCAUUUGUUCUAUUUCAUAAUUGUAUUUUUUAAUGAUAUGCUGUGAAUUUCAGUCAUGAUGAAAUAUGAAUAGUCCAUAUGUCCAUUUAUUUUUAAAGUUGUUUUUGUUUGAAUUAUCGAAUAUUUUAUAUAACUAUAUAAUUUGGAUGAUUAAUCCAAGUUUCAAAAUAGUUAAAAAAAUAUUUUAUUGUCUAAGGUAGAAAAGUGUUCUAUUUAUUUUAUUAUGUUUCUUCGUUUUAUUUCUUCAUGUUGUAUUUUAUAUUCCUUAAGAUAUUUUGAACUUUUGUAUGUUAUGAUUUUGUAUUUUUAAUACAUUCUUUUAUAGUA